GCGAGACUCCUCCAGGUGUUGUACAACCAAACUCCUCCAGGUGUUGUACAACCAAACUGUUUUCUGAUGUAUUGUACAAACUAGCACACAACAACUUCUAAAUGGCAAGGAAACAGACCCUGGUACUUGUUAUGAGUAUCAUCGUCUACUGCGACGCUCGUUUACAGGAUAGCUACUCAAAGUUACAAUAUGGACACAGACUGGAUAGAAAGGUGAUAACUUCUUUUGUUGACUUCAGUAUUUUAGACUGUGCUGAGGAGUGUUUGAGAACAACACGAUGCAAAUCCGUGAAUUAUUACAAAGGAGUAAAUUUCUGUGAAAUAAACUAUGAGAACAAAUCUUUGGCCAAUGACAGACUUUUGGAAAGUCCGGGGUGGAUCUACAGUGAACGGGAGGACUGGGAUAUUGAUAUUAUAUCUUCUUGUUCGGCAUCAAAUUGUUCCAUCAAUGAAAAAUGCAAACCCUUACCAAUGGGCAAGUUUGAAUGCGUUUUAUCAGUUGGUGAUCACUGUGCCACUUUUCCUUGUCAACAUGGCGGAUAUUGUACAUCCAAUGAAACAACGUUCUCAUGUCAGUGUGCAGAGGGCUUUAUCGGAAACACGUGUAAUGAGACUGAUCACUGCGCCACUUCUCCUUGUGAACAUGACGGAAAUUGCACAUCCGGUUCAACAACGUUCUCAUGUCAGUGUACAGAUGGUUACACAGGCAAAACGUGUGAAGAGACUGAUCACUGCGCCACUUCUCCCUGUAAACAUGACGGAAAUUGCACAUCCGGUUCAACAACGUUCUCAUGUCAGUGUACAGAUGGUUACACAGGCAAAACGUGUGAAGAGACUGAUCACUGCGCCACUUCUCCUUGUGAACAUGACGGAAAUUGCACAUCCGGUUCAACAACGUUCUCAUGUCAGUGUACAGAUGGUUACACAGGCAAAACGUGUGAAGAGACUGAUCACUGCGCCACUUCUCCCUGUAAACAUGACGGAAAUUGCACAUCCGGUUCAACAACGUUCUCAUGUCAGUGUACAGAUGGUUACACAGGCAAAACGUGUGAAGAGACUGAUCACUGCGCCACUUCUCCCUGUAAACAUGACGGAAAUUGCACAUCCGGUUCAACAACGUUCUCAUGUCAGUGUACAGAUGGUUACACAGGCAAAACGUGUGAAGAGACUGAUCACUGCGCCACUUCUCCCUGUAAACAUGACGGAAAUUGCACAUCCGGUUCAACAACGUUCUCAUGUCAGUGUACAGAUGGUUACACAGGCAAAACGUGUGAAGAGACUGAUCACUGCGCCACUUCUCCCUGUAAACAUGACGGAAAUUGCACAUCCGGUUCAACAACGUUCUCAUGUCAGUGUACAGAUGGUUACACAGGCAAAACGUGUGAAGAGACUGAUCACUGCGCCACUUCUCCCUGUAAACAUGACGGAAAUUGCACAUCCGGUUCAACAACGUUCUCAUGUCAGUGUACAGAUGGUUACACAGGCAAAACGUGUGAAGAGACUGAUCACUGCGCCACUUCUCCCUGUAAACAUGACGGAAAUUGCACAUCCGGUUCAACAACGUUCUCAUGUCAGUGUACAGAUGGUUACACAGGCAAAACGUGUGAAGCAUGUUUAGUUUGA